AUGCGAUCUUAUAAAUCAUCCAUAACGGAUGAAAAUGAGUUGACAAAACAAAGACUUAGAGCCAAAAGUAUUGCCAAUUUGAGCAGCAAUCACACAACAGCUGGGCAACCAUCAACAAGCUCUCAACAUAGAGAGGCAUUGACUGAUUUGACCUCACAGGAGAAUAAAAAUCACCCAAGAGUGAAACUAACACAAACAAACACCAAUCAUCACAGAAACAGCUCAAGUAGUUCGAACAAAAUACAAAUAUAUCAACAAAUAGAGCAAAAGAAAACCGAUAUCCAUCAGUUCAAAAAACCAAGAUUGGAGAAGGUAUUACUAAAUGACGACGACGAUGAAACCGAUGACGAAUUUGACGACGAAGAAGAUAAAGAAAACAGAUAUCAUGAUCUAGAGUUGAAUGAAGAUGACAGUAAACAUCAACUAAUAAGUGAAGCAUUUGAAACAAUUGAUGAUCGGGGAAUAAGUGAGGGUGAAAAUGAUACAGCGCAAGAAGCACGUGAAAGAUUAGAGGAAGAAACACAAUCACAUACACAGGAUAUGAGAUCAAUAUAUGGGGUUCAUGUGCCCAUGCAACCAAUGUGGAAUAAUGCGAUAAUAAACGAGCUCAAAUACGUUAUACAAAAGUACUCUCGUAAUACGUUGGACGAAAAUGACGAAGAUACUUAUGAUACUACCAUGGUGGCAGAAUAUUCACCGGAAAUUUUCAAUUACUUGCAUGAACUUGAAAAUAAGUUUACACCUGAUCCAAAUUAUAUGGAUUUCCAAGACGAUCUAAAGUGGGAGAUGCGUGCAGUGCUUAUUGAUUGGGUCGUCCAAGUGCAUGCUCGAUUCAACUUGUUUUCAGAAACCUUGUACUUGACUGUAAAUUACAUUGACAGAUUCUUAUCCAAGAGAAGGGUGUCAUUAUCCAGAUUUCAGUUAGUUGGAGCAGUAGCAUUGUUUAUUGCUGCCAAAUACGAAGAAAUCAAUUGUCCUACAGUCCAAGAAAUUGCAUACAUGGCAGACAAUGCCUAUUCAAUCGACGAGUUUUUAAAAGCCGAGAGAUUUAUGAUUGAUGUAUUGGAAUUUGAUUUGGGAUGGCCAGGGCCAAUGUCGUUUUUGAGAAGAAUAUCAAAAGCUGACGAUUAUGAUUAUGAAACUAGAACACUUGCCAAAUAUUUUCUUGAAAUAACUAUAAUGGACUCAAAAUUUGUUGCUUCUCCACCAAGUUGGUUGGCCGCUGGAGCACAUUACAUAUCAAGAAUACUAUUGGGAAGAGGUGAAUGGACAGAAUUGCAUGUUUUUUAUAGUGGCUAUACCGAAAAGCAAUUGCAGCCAUUGGCAGACGUUUUGUUAGAGAACUGUCGCCAUGCUGAAAUAAACCAUAAAGCCAUUUUCGAAAAAUACAAGGAAAGAAGGUAUAGAAAAAGUUCACUUUUUGUUCAAGAAUAUUUUCGUCACAUAAUGUCCCAGAGUUGA